AUGGCCUGCUGCGCUACCAGCUUCUGUGGGUUCCCCACUUGCUCCACUGGUGGGACCUGUGGCUCCAGCUGCUGCCAACCAAGUUGCUCCCAGUCCAGCUGCUGCCAACCCAGCUGUUGUCAGCCCAGCUGCUGUGGAACUGGCAGUGGCCAAGAAGGUGGCUCUGGCCCCGUGAGCAGCCGGGUCAGGUGGUGCCGCCCAGACUGCCGUGUGGAGGGCACCUGCCUGCCCCCCUGCUGUGUGGUGAGCAGCACACCCCCCACCUGCUGCCAGCUGCACCAUGCCCAGGCCUCCUGCUGCCGCCCAUCCUACUGUGGACAGUCCUGCUGCCGCCCAGCCUGCUGCUGCCACUGCUGCCCGCCCACCUGCUCUGAGCCCAGCUGCUGUGAGCCCACCUGUUGA